AUUUUAAGUUUUGACUGCGAUCAUUUGUCUACGGAACGGCGUCGGGUUAAGUUCGUUAGAUACACAGAGCGCAAGGAAAAACCCAAAUCCCACUCGAGUCCCAGUCCCCGCCAAAGAGAAAACGCGGUCUUGCACCCAAAGACCCAACCGCACAGAGAUCCAUUAAAAGGGCCGCGACAAGUGUUACGAGUGCAAAGCAAGAGCGAAAAACAACCAAAAAAAUAAAUAAAAUACAAAAAAAGCCAAAACGAAAAAUAAAUAACAGGCGACAAAGCCAACAAAAACGUACUUCCAGCCGCAAUUAAAAAUUUGUUUUGUGUGUAAAUCUGUGAAGAAGAAAGUUGUUGGAUUUGGAGCGGCAAUUACGAAACCUGGGUUUCCGCCAGCCCAAGUGAAAAGUUUGAAAAAUCGUAGGCACCUUGCCCGAGCUCCCCACCCCUCCCUCUUAGCCAUAGACAGCUCUACCAAAUGGGUCACCUGUCCACAUCAGAGCGCGUGUGCAGCACCACGCCCAUGGCCAGCACAGGUGAGGGCAGCCCGCCACUGCUGGCGCGACGCGCCAAACUGAGCAGCGAGGCGCAGGCUCGUCGCAGCGAGGACUCAUCGCCCGAGUCAAUGCCGCGCGGCAAGCAGCAACAACCGCAGCCGGUGCCACUGUCGGCUUCGGCGGCGCCCAGGAAUAUUCCAAAGGAUUUGAUCGAUCAUAUACCCAAGGACCAGAUCAAUAUGGAGGAGUAUACACGCAAUUUCAAGGGCGACAAUAUCCUGGGCUGGCAGCUGAAUGCGCCGCUCAAAUGGGACAAGGUCAUACAGAUCUCCUUGCUGCAUCUGGUCGCCUUCUUCUGUCUGGUCACCUAUCCGCUAAACGAGCUGCGCUUUUACUCUCUGAUCUGGUCUCUAUUCAUGGGCGGCGUUGCUGGCUUUGGCGUGACGGCAGGUGCUCAUCGCUUCUGGACACAUCGCAGCUAUAAGGCGAAUCCGGUCCUGAGAAGUCUUUUGAUGAUCAGCUACUCGGUUGCUGGUCAGAACACCAUGUACGAUUGGGUGCGAGAUCAUCGAGUGCAUCACAAGUACUCGGAAACGGAUGCCGAUCCGCAUAAUGCGAAUCGCGGCUUCUUCUUCUCGCACGUUGGCUGGCUAAUGAUGCUGAAGCAUCCGGAAGUGUUGCGUCGCGGCCGUCAGAUCGACAUGACCGAUAUCGUUUCGGAUCCCGUCAUACAGUUCCAUCAGAAAUACUUCUAUGUGCUGAAGGUAAUGCUCUGCUUUGUGCUGCCCACGCUGGUGCCGGUCUAUUGCUGGAAUGAAACCUGGUACCAUGCCUUUGUGCAUCAGUGUCUGUUCCGCUACGUGUUCAGCCUGAACUUCACCUGGUCGGUGAACAGUGCUGCCCAUCUGUGGGGCUCGCGUCCAUAUGACAAGCGCAUCAUGCCGAGCGAGAACAUCUACGUAUCCAUCAUGGCCAUGGGCGAGGGCUGGCACAACUAUCACCAUGUCUUCCCCUGGGAUUACAAAGCAGCUGAGCUGGGCAACUACAAGGUCAACUUCACCACCAUGGUGCUGGAUGCAUUCCAAAGACUCGGCUGGGCCUACGACAUGAAGCAGCCGUCCAAGGAGCUAGUGCGCCGCACUCUCGAGAAAUAUGGCGAUGGCUCACACGAAUCGCAGCGCGGCAAAGGAGCAGCGCAGUUUGGUGCCGUGCCCAUGGGUGCGACCCAAAUGGUUGGACAUGUCCACUAUGCCGAGGUGCCGGAUCCAGAGCUGGAAUACGAUGCCGAGUCGAGCAGUACUGAGAGCGCCAAGCUCGAUGAGAAUGAGAACGAGAGCGAGCGGCAGAAGAAGGCGACAAAAAAGUUGGCAGCUUAGCAACAAUCAAGUAGUUGCAGCUGCUAAGGACAGAUUGUGAAUUGUCAAGGAUUCAGCGGUUUACUUAAGUGUGGGGCUCUUAAACAACAACAACAACAACAAAUAUUAAGCAACAACAACAAAAACAUUACGAUGAAAAGUUCUUAAAAAUCUUAACACUUAACUCAUAUAAUAAUGCGAGGUCUUGUCA